AUGCGUCCUCAACAGCUCCUCGCCGCAGCCUUGACGCUGUCAUCCCUUUCUGCCGCUUGGCCAUGGCCGCCCAACAUGGACGACAUGAAAGAGGUCAUGGGUGUCGAGAACCUGUUCAAGCGCGAAAACUGGUUCUACAUCCGUGCCGACGAAACCACCACCAGCGACUCGGCUGCAAAGACCACCGCUGCAAAGACCACCGCAGCAAAGACCGAUGCCGCUUCAGACACCGCGUCUGCGUCGGGAAGCGAGAAGACAACGGCAGCUGAAACGGCCUCCAAGACCGACUCCGCCGCCGCAACUACCGGCAGUGGCACUAAUACGGCCAAGGAAACGGGCAAGACGACCGGAAAGGAGAGCGGCACGGCCAAGGAAACCGGCAGCACCAAGACGUCGAAGAAGGGGUCGAAGAGCACGUCGUACGACGCCCGUCUGCCGGCGGGCGGCAUUUCGAUGAUCACGCCUGCCGCGACGGAUACGUCACAGUACUACAAGAUCGGCGACUGGCUGUCGUUCGCGUGGAACUACACGUCACUGUCGGCCACGCCGUCGGCCAUCAACGUCCUGGCUAGCUGCAGCUUGAACUCCGAGACGUACACGCUGGCGCAGAAUCUGUCCGUGGCCACGACCAACAUGGUGUACUGGGACACGGGCGACUACGAGAAGACGGCGACCAAGAGCUUGGUGCAGGCGACGUACACGCUCAUCAUCUACGAUGCCGGUAGCAGCAUUUCUGCCACGGCUGCCGCCGGUUACUUGGGAGUUGCGAACACUUUCACCUUUGGCAUGUACCGCCCCCAGGAGUACGUCCCGAGACAAGAUUGGACUUGCCCUGGCUGUAACGCUGCCGGCGUCAGUGUCGAGCAGCAGACGGUCCGUUUCCUGUUCGGCACCUUUGCCGUAACCGUCAUCAGUUUCACCUGGUUCGUCAUCGGCUUCGGCAUCAUCUAA